AUGGAUGAAAAAGAUAAUGUAAUGACCAUAUUCAAAGCGCUCUUUCAAAACGCAAAUCAGAUAAAUAAUAAAGAAAGCUUCAUAAGGGAAUUAGUGGAAAAGGGACUAUUAAAGGACUGUGACGCUUUAAACCAGAAUGUUGAUACAGAAGAAGACGUGGAACUUCUUGUAGCUAAAUUGAAACCACAACUUUUAAAAAGCGAAUGUAGAGUAAGCUGUUUGUCCAUUAUGGAGAGUCACGGAGUGUGUGUUCACAAUCACAGUCAACUGAAGCGAUUUAUAACUUGCGAGAAAGAACUACCUAUUUUGUGUUGUUGGCAAGAGCCAACACCUUGUUCAAGACGGCGUGUACAAUCUCAUGAAAUAACCGGAAGUGAGAAAAGGGAUUUGAAAGAAUUGCAUAAACAUUUGCGUUUACCUGGAGUAAGAAUUGAAACAGAAGAAAGAUGUUAUAGAAGCUUAGCACAAGUAGAAUUCGAUAAUAUUAUCAGCUAUCCUUUAACCAUAAUGAACCCAGAACAGGCUAUAGAUUCAGGCCAACUUACAAGACUACAUACUCAAAUUAAAUCCGGAGUACAGAGGCAAAUAUCAGAUGGAGAAACCUUUAGAAAUACGAUUAUUGGAAACUGGAAAUACAUUAAAGACAAUAUCCACCUCACCAGUUUUUCAGACAAUUGUUUAAAGGAAGGCUUACUUGAUUUUGACGACGUUGAAUCGAACCAACUUCUUGUGCUACCGACAUCAAGAAAAAUAGAUGAUAUCCUUGCAACUAUUGUCAGUAACAUCGAUGAUUCCGCUGACUUCAACAGAUUUCUAAAGGUUUUCGAAAAGGACGAACAUCAACAACACAUUGCGGACAAAUUGAAAGUUCCAGUUCAUUUAAGCUGGAUCGAAGACGUAAUUCAAACUAAACAGUGUUAUCAUCGAUUAAAGAAAAACAGAGCAACUUUAGAAGAUGAAAUGAAACCAAAAAAAUGUGCCGAUGAUUUUCUAGAAGGUUUCAUAUUAAGUUUGGAUGAACAUGAACAAUUAUGGAAGUUAGAUACCAGAAAGAAGAUGGCUGAAUACUUAUUUGACAGAAUCUUAUUGUCAGUGGAUAGAGGAUCCUAUUCUAUUCUGCUAAAAGUUUUAGAGCAGCAAAAUCCUAAUCGAUUUAAAAAGAUAUUGAAAAAACUAGAUGUUCCUUCGGGAUUCCAAGAAGAUAAGAAAAACGAAACAAUUGUUGGACCAGAUUUGAAGGACGGAACUUUUAGCGAGGAAACAGAAGAAAAGAAAAACAAAACAACUGUCAGACUAAAGAUCAAGGAUAUCACUUGUAGUGAGCAAACAGAUAACAGCAAAGAAAUAUCUAUUACAAUAACCACUAAGUUAGGUCUUGAAAAUCAGCACUGCGAGAAAAUUUUAAUGGAAAAAAUCAUGAAUUUUGGUCCCGACUUCUUGGGCAAGUUGGGUUUGUAUCCCAGUGAAAUAAAAAAAGGGUCAGUUGUUAUCUAUUUGGAUCAAGUAUCUGGUGACUGCAUUGCCAAGUUAAAGAACAGUGUUAUUAACAGAGAGCUUGUGAAGAUUAUUGAAGCUCUAUUUAAUAGUGAUGAGAUUAAGAACUGCCUCUCUCCUGGUCAUUCCUGUAUCGAGGUUUCCAUUGCAGUUGACAAAACACAAUUGUCCGAAGUCAAGUCUACUAUCACUGUAUCUCAAACCAACAAACAAUAUACUAUAUUAAGAGCAAGCAAAAAGUUGUUGUUAGAAGAAAUAGAUCCUCUUACCCUCUUAGAUGGAUUUACAAAAAGAAACUGUCAUAUAUUUGUCUCAUCUAAACUUAGCAAGAUAAAAACAAAAAAAGAAAGAACAGAGAAAUUUAUUGAGAUUUUACUAGGAGAAGAGGAAAGAUGCUUUGAUAUAUUUUUGGAAGUGUUAGAAGAAAAGAAAAUGUUGUUUGUGUUGAAGAUACUGCAAUUAUGGCAACAUGUUCGUUUGACAGAUAUAUCUGUCCUUCGUCAAAAUAUACUACAGAAUAUUUCCGAAAUCGCCGAUGAAUUGUACAUAGACGAUAUGCAAGAAGAACUAAUGGAGAGAAAUAUUUUCAGCGAGGAAGUGUUUGAUGAUUUGUCUGUUAAAUUUCCAGACAACAGUCAGCAACAAAUCAUUGAAUUAAUAGUUGACCUUCUGAAAUCAGAAAUGACAUCCCACUUAAUUGAUAUAAUGCUGCUUAACGGAAUGAAUGUAUUAGUGUCAAAAUUAGUAAUCCCUGAGAAGGAAACUAGUUCCAAAGACAAAGACGAAAACAUUUGUCAAGCAGAUUAUGUUGUGGUAUCUGGAAAAGACUUACCGGAAGGCGUGCUCUUUGAAGGGGUUAUCAAUGUUGACGUGAUUGUUACAACACAUAAUGUGCAGCAAAUAUUUCCUUCUCGGGAAGACACCUUAAGAAGAUUCGAACUUUCCUCUGCAAAAAUUGAAAGCAUGAUCGAGAUAGUAUCCCAACGUUUAGCAAGUCUAACUGGAUUGCAUAAAGAAGUAUUAAAACAGAUUGACAGUUUACAUUGUUCAGGAAAUUCUUCGACGCUAGAUUUAGAAGCAUGCAGUAAAGGACUAUAUUUAAUAGAAAAUUCAAUCCCAAAGUUUUGGAAUACCAACAAAAACACCAUGACACUUUCUGCAACAGGAAAUACGGAACUCGUUGAAGUAUUUGCUGAAGUGCAAUGUUUAAUGUCUAACUGCCAAACGAUACCAGAAAUCGACGAAUGCAACCAUGAUUCUUUCUUAACAUCUGUAUAUGAUUAUAAAUCUAAAUUCAUUGAAGAAAAUCCUGAUAGUCAAAUAAAAGAAAAACAAGAAACAUCAAUUAAUGAUGAAUUAGUAAAGUCAAAUCCGAUGUCUGCAGAAUGCACAAAAAUACAUCGCCCUAUUAAACGACAAAUAAGUCAAACCGAAUUCGAUACAUUACCAGAAAUAACAAUACGAACAAUAGACGGUAGUUUAAAACAUAUAAAGGAAAAAAAGGUUCCAAAGAAUUCAAAGGGGAAUAUUUCCAUGAAAGCAUCUCAUGAAAUAGGUACCAAGGACAACAGCUUGGGAACUACAGACAAAGAAAAGACACAAAUUUGUUCAGAUAAACUGAGUGCGUCAACAGGAGCAUCCAUUCCGGUCAACUUUAAAGAUAUAAUUAGAGUGAGAAUGACUGAAAAGGGAUGGAAAGAACUGUGUGAAAGCGAAACCAAAAGGGGUGACAGACUUUCCCUGGUCGAACUACCCCAGGUGUGUGCACCUGACACAAUUCUUUUGUUAGAUUUAUCUGGCAGUAUGAAAGGAACUGCUUUCAUAGAUAUGAAGGAUGCUGUUAAUGACUUUUUAGAUAAAGAAUCAGCAAAUAACUCAGAACAACAUACAGAUACAUUGAAAUUCUAA